AUGAUAGGUUUGACAAGACUGCCGAGCGGUUUUGCUUGUGCCGUCUCGAUUAGAAGAUUGGAAACUCGGCAAAAAUUUAUUACUGGUCGACUAACAUGGAUCUUCGCUAUUAUCGCCUUUUUAUUUUUUAUUCCAUUAGCAGCUGUGCCAUUUUUUAUACGUCCAUGCAAAGACGUACUUCAUCACUGUCCAAAUUGUAAUACGUUAUUGUCAAUUAGGAUCCGAUUCUGA